AUGCCCGCAGACGGUGUACGGGUGAAGAGUGACCUGCAGGCUCGAUGGGAAUUUGAAUGUAACAUGGACCGAAAAAAUAACGAGCAACUCGUCCAUGAUGCGCGCGACUUUAUUGCUGUGAAAGUUCUUAGAGAGGAGAUGUUUCCAUGGUGCGCUGUUACAGAGAAAUGA